AUGCUACAAAUACACUUCAUAUACAUCUCCAGUGUCCCGGAGCUUCAGUUCCAAAAUCCGGAGUGCCAAUCAGACUGGUGCUUCAGGGAGCAGUGCAGCAGGACAGGCCAGGACACAGGCAGCCUCGCGGGCUCAAACGCAGGCAGAACCUCCAGCGUCCUGCAGCGCACAGGUGAAGAAGUGAAGGAUGCUACCAGCAUCAGCAAUGAUGGUGACGAUACGUUUCCUGGUUCCUCCGUUGUGAAGCAGAGAGAGCCAUGCAAACAGAGCUCCAAACAACCAAAUACUGGACGAUCGAAGAAAGAGCAUUUGAAAUCGCAGAAGGAGCAGGCAACCGUCUACGUCCGUGGUGAAAAGCUCCGCAGCACACAGAAAGUGUGCUACACUGAGCAAGAGGAGCCCAGAGAUGAAGAUGAUUUCUAUUGUGACGAGUGCCAGUCCUUCUUCACUGAUGAAUGCCCGGUCCACGGCCCCCCUUUGUUCAUCUUCGACUCUCCAGCGCCCGCUGGGGCCCCCGACAGGGCCCGGCUUACCCUGCCCCCCGGUCUGGAGGUCAGAGUCUCCAGCAUCCCUGGAGCAGGCCUGGGGGUGUUCGCCAAGGGACAGACAGUGCCCAGUGGAGUACACUAUGGACCCUACGAGGGAGAGCUGACUGAGGAAGACAUGGAGAGCGGCUACUCCUGGAUGAUCUCCAGGAGCAAGCGCUGUGUCAUUGAUGCCAAGAGUGAAACCCACUCCAACUGGAUGAGAUAUGUUAACUGUGCUCGAAACGAGGAGGAGCAGAAUCUUGUGGCUUUCCAGUACAGAGGGGUUAUUCUGUAUCGCUGCUUUAACCCCAUUCACCCAGGGCAGGAGCUGCUGGUGUGGUAUGGGGACGACUAUGCCAAAGACCUGGGUAUCACCUUCGACGACCUGUGGAGCAACAAGUGCUCUUCUAAAGGGGGCGAGGACAUUCCUUCUCAGUUCUUCCCCUGUACUCAGUGUUCGCUCUCCUACACAGCAGAGAUCUACCUGCACAAACACAUCAAGCACUCUCACCGUAAGGAAUAUGUGAGACUGCUCAGAGCAGGAUCAGUCACAUCAGAGAGUCUCCAGCCUUCCACCAGCUCCGACAGACACUGUGCACCGUCUGAGACUGUCCCAGAUACAGUCAGACUCCUCAGCCCAAAACACCAGCGAACUCACACAGGGGAGAGGCCAUACCACUGCGCCCAGUGUGGGAAGAGUUUCAGUGAGAAGGGAACCCUCAAACGACACCAGCGAACUCACACAGGGGAGAGGCCAUACCACUGCGCCCAGUGUGGGAAGAGUUUCAGCCGUAGGGCACACCUCAAACGACACCAGCGAACUCACACAGGGGAGAGGCCGUACCACUGCGCCCAGUGUGGGAAGAGAUUCAGUGUGGAGGGAAGCCUUAAACGACACCAGCGAACUCACACAGGGGAGAGGCCGUACCACUGUGCCCAGUGUGGGAAGAGUUUCAGCCGAGGGGCACACCUCAAACAACACCAGCGAACUCACACAGGGGAGAGGCCGUACCACUGCGCCCAGUGUGGGAAGAGUUUCAGCCAAGGGGGAGACCUUAAACAACACCAGCGAACUCACACAGGGGAGAGGCCGUACCACUGUGCCCAGUGUGGGAAGAGUUUCAGCCGAGGGGCACACCUCAAACAACACCAGCGAACUCACACAGGGGUUAGGCCGUACCACUGCGCCCAGUGUGGGAAGAGUUUCAGCCAAGGGGGAGACCUUAAACGACACCAGCGAACUCACACAGGGGAGAGGCCGUACCACUGCGCCCAGUGUGGGAAGAGAUUCAGUGUGGAGGGAAACCUUAAACGACACCAGCGAACUCACACAGGGGAGAGGCCGUACCACUGCGCCCAGUGUGGGAAGAGUUUCAGUGAGAAGGGAACCCUCAAACGACACCAGCGAACUCACACAGGGGAGAGGCCGUACCACUGCGCCCAGUGUGGGAAGAAUUUCAGUGAGAAGGGAACCCUCAAACGACACCAGCGAACUCACACAGGGGAGAGGCCGUACCACUGCGCCCAGUGUGGGACAAGUUUCAGUCACAGGUCAGACUUUAAACUACACCAGCGAACUCACACAGGGGAGAGGCCGUACCAUUGCACCCAGUGUGGGAAGAGAUUCAGUGUGGAGGGAAACCUUAAACGACAGCAGCGAACUCACACAGGGGAGAAGCCGUACCACUGCGCCCAGUGUGGGAAGAGUUUCAGCCGAGGGGCACACCUCAAACGACACCAGCGAACUCACACAGGGGAGAGGCCGUACCACUGCGCCCAGUGUGGGAAGAGUUUCAGUCAGGUGGAAACCCUUAAACAACACCAGCAAACUCACACAGGGGAGAGGCCGUACCACUGCGCCCAGUGUGGGAAGAGUUUCAGCCAAGGGGGAGCCCUUAAACGACACCAGCAAACUCACCCAGGGGAGAGGCCGUACCACUGUGCCCAGUGUGGGACGCGUUUCAGUCACAGGUCAGACUUUAAACUACACCAGCGAACUCACACAGGGGAGAGGCCGUACCACUGCGCCCAGUGUGGGACGCGUUUCAGUCACAGGUCAGACUUUAAACUACACCAGCGAACUCACACAGGGGAGAGGCCGUACCACUGCACCCAGUGUGGGAAGAGUUUCCGUGAGAAGGGAACCCUCAAACGACACCAGCGAACUCACAUGCUCAAGGGCAUAUGUCAGGGGACUGAGCGGGCGGCCCGCGGCCCGGCGGUGCAGGACUGGCCCCCGGAAGGUCGCUGGCCCAAGCCCCGGAGGGGCCACGAUAAGAUCUGCACUGCUGUUUGGGGCCCUCCAGCAAGGCCCUGA